UCAUUUCCACAGGUUAGCUUAUAGCUAGAAUUUUUGACAUAAUGAGACUUGAAACCAAUCGACAUUGGUAAUGUUGGUCACGAGUGUUUCAAUUCUUCAGCGAAGCAUAUCAAUGCCAAUCGGAUUAGGAAUUCUAUAUAAACUAUCACAUAUUUAAAGCAAAGGUAUAAAAGAAAGUUCAAAAAGAAGAAAAAAUGGCAGACGGAGCACCACCCAACAAACGUCCAAAGACAGAUGGAGAUCUUUCAUCCAUCUUGGAAGGCCAACUUCCAGAUGAUCUUAUAUCUAGUUCUUCGAGUAUGAUGCCUUCAAACAAUGGAUUUGGAUUACCAACUAGUCAGACAUCAUCUCAAUCGUCACAAGGGAGCUCAUCGGUUCUCUCACCUCAUCCUGUGCCCACCAAUGCGGCACUUCCAGCUUCGGGAAUACAAUCGCGAAAGCAAUUGACCAAACUUUUACAAUCACAUAACUCACCAAAACAUGCACAGACUUCACCAAGCAGUAAUAAUAGCCCCCGACCUCCACAACCCACACAUCCUCACCCCAGUCCAUUGAGUACGGGGCAGAACUCCAUGCAGAGUCCAACUGCGGGUCAAAUGGCUGCUGUUAUGAACAGUAUGAAAUCGCCGCAAACGGCGUUACCCAGGCCAAACAGUAGGCCCAGCAGUGCCAUUAACGCAACCCCAUCUCCCCGACCAGUCUCAUUGCCCGGUGGGACGAUGAACAUCACACCUAUUAGUAAUUCUCCCAUUGCAAUUUCUAUGACAAAUCAAAUGCGGAAUAAUUCUAUGGUAUUCAGUCAGCCAAGCGUGAACUCUCACGGUAUGGUGCUAUCCGGGUCUAAUCAAGACAAACUCAUAGUCACUAACGGAGGUGGAAGGCCGAUUCAAGGGAUGCAAAAUGUAGGCAAUGAUUUUUCAAAUGACUUAGGUAUGGGACAGAUGAAUGCCACAGGUCAGAUGAUGAAUCAACCGCAAGGCAAUUAUAUACCACAACCUCGAAUGCAGCAACAAAUUGGUCCAAUGCACUCCAUGAGCUCUUCAAUGAACACUUUCGGACAGAAUGUUACAAAUAUGUCUGGAGGUCCACGGCAAAUGCAAGUGAAUCCUGCUGCUUUUAAUGAUACAUCGAUACCCAGGCCUCCAUCGAAUAUGAACAUGACGCAAGAUGGAAACAUCAUGCAGAAUCGCCUAAACGACGGUGUUUCCGUCAAUAUGGAUGGAUCGAUGAUGAUCGGGGAUAAGAACGACACCAUGCAGAUGAUGCAAACGCAGAGAGUAAAUAACAUUGGAAUCCAAAACAUGCAACGAAUGCAAAAUGCAAAACGACUCACUCCGAAUAUGCAGCCCCACCCCACUUCUCAGGUUCAAGACAUAAAUGUGAACAUGUCAUUGCCAGAUACUAAUCAAGUGCACAUGCAGCCGCAAUCGUUACCAAAUAUACAACAAAAUCAUAUCGGAGUUGGUCAAAUACAACAGCAGCACACGGGUGGGCCAGACCAGAUGGGCCAAAUGCAAGUGAAAAAUCCAAACGCCACGGGCGCAUCGGCAACGUCGGCAGAUCCUGAAAAACGUAGACUUAUCCAACAACAAUUAGUUUUGUUAUUGCAUGCAUAUAAAUGCGCUAAAAAAGAGCAUAGCGGUGAUGCAACAAAUUGCGCGCUUCCACAUUGUCGGACAAUGAAAGAGGUAUUACGGCACAUGAACGUUUGCAACCAGGGAAAGUCAUGUCAAGUUGCUCAUUGCGCUUCUUCGAGGCAAAUCAUUGCCCACUGGAGGGCAUGCGACAGGAACGAUUGCGUCAUCUGCCUUCCAUUGAAGAGUGUUCCAAACACCAACAAUCCAACUAACGUCGGUGGUCCCACAGUGCCAAACCAACUUCAGCAGCCGAGAUGGCAAAAUCCGGUGUCACAAAUUGGUGAAUCUUCAGUCUCGACAGCCACAGGACUCCCUGGCGCUGGGACAUCGUCAGGUCCACCAUACACCGGGAAUUUUAAUGAUCCUACUCUUCAUUUGAACAAUUCAAAUGUACCCGAUCCGUUUGCUGGUCUGCCGAACGGACUUGCACCAAAUCAAGUUGGUCCCAUGAGUCGUGUUAACUUCGGUGAAAAUUUAUUUCACGCUCCGAGAGUCGAUAGAGAAUGGCAUAAAGAUGUCAAAGAAGAACUAAGGAAUCAUCUGGUUCAAAAAUUGGUGCAAGCCAUCUUUCCAUCACCACAAAAAGUUUCACUGACUGACGAGAGGAUGAAAAAACUUGUGCAUUUUGCAAGGAAAGUGGAAGGAGACAUGUACGAACAAGCAAAUAAUAGGAGCGAGUAUUACCAUCUUCUAGCGGAGAAAAUUUAUAAAAUUCAGAAAGAAUUGGAAGAAAAACGAGCAAUGAGGAUGAGAAGGCCAGGCGGUCCCAGAAUGAAUAUGGCGCCAAAUGGUCCAAUGGCAGUUCAGAAUCAAGGUAUGCAGAUGCAACGUGACCCCGCCAUGGGUAUGAUGCAAACUGGCGGGGUGAGGAUGCCAGGUGUCGGAGGCAUGAAUGGUCCCCAACAUGGAAUGCCAGGUGGAGUUCGCUUUGGACCACCCGGUACUAAUGUAUCUUCUGCGCAAGGAAAAGUGCUGGAGAACAUGCUUGUUGGGGCCCCCAUGUCACAUAAUCACACCAAUGAUGAGUAUCCUAUGAAUCCAAUGAUUAAACAGUUUCAGCAAGCGAAAGAUGAGAUUCGUCUUCAACUAGAUGAUGCAUCUCCGGUGACCCAUGUAGACGGCAGAAAUUCAGGAAUUAAUACUAAUAUACAGCCAUUCAAUCAAAACAAUGCUUUACAGGAUUCAUCUACCAUGAACAACAAUAUGACAGACAACUUAGAUGGUUUUCCGCAGCCACAACAGGACAUCAAACCUAAUAUGGGCUCUCAGAACUCCGUCGAUGGUAUACUAGGAGUUCAGAGGUCAACUGGAAUGCAAGACCCCAUGUCCAGAACCCAAUCGAAUUUUAACAACCAAAAACCUGUUUCGUCGCGGCCGAGACUAGAAAAGCUUCUCCGAGAGACAGCACCUUCCUCUAUUAUGGACAGCGUCUCAGCGACGUCUGGUUUUUUGCCAAUGUCCAAUAACAACAGUUAUAUCAAUUCAGAUCCGAGCAAAAAUCAAAUCUCCCAGCAUCAGAAGGUAUUUCCGAACGAAAACGACCAAUCGCAGCAUCCCGCUUCUCUGAAAGAAAUUUUAGAAGGCGGGUCAUCCACCAAUACAAUUACUUCUGACGCUUCUUCAGUUGGGUCCUUCGUAUCUCCCUCUAACGCAUCCGCAGCACCUUUUGUUAGCAAGCCCCAGCCUAUCGGAUCCAAAGAUACUCCAAGCAAUAAUAAUUCGAGUCUUGGACCUUCCAAUGGAUUCAACGUAUCAAAUAUCAAAUCGGAGAUGGGGGGUAAAGGCGGAAAGCCCAUUGGAAUGGAAGCGUCAGAUUCUACUCCGUUAGUAAAAACGGAACCUCAGGAUCAAGGGUUCGGAUCAACGGGAAAACCCGGUUGGUCCCCUUCCGUCUCGUCCAACACUGAGGUCAAGAUGGAACCGAGCGAUCAUUUUGCUGCGACCCCAUCUCCAGCACCUACUCAGAGUUCAUCGAAUCAUGAUCCCUUCGUAAAACAAGAAAGCGUAUCUUCAUCGGGCGAACCAAGAAAGGUUUCAAGAAAAGUGUUUGAACCUCAAGAAUUGAAAGUGGGAUUGUUGCCUAUCGUUGAAAAAUUAUACAAACAAGAACCAGAAGCUCUUCCAUUCAGACAACCAGUCGAUCCCGAGAAACUUAACAUUCCGGAUUAUUUUGACAUUGUGACGGAGCCCAUGGAUCUGGCAUCGAUUCGUAAAAAUCUGGAAACUGGAAAAUACAAGGAACCUUGGGAAUUCAUUAGCGACAUUUGGCUCAUGUUUAACAAUGCUUGGCUGUACAAUCGACGGACAACGCGAGUUUACAAGUAUUGUUCAAAAUUGAAAGAGAUUUUUGAAGCCGAAAUAGACCCGGUCAUGCAAAGCCUCGGAUAUUGCUGUGGAAGAAAGUUGGAGUUUAUGCCGAUGACGCUGUGCUGUUAUGGAAAGCAACUUUGUACUAUUCCAACUGGUGCCGUCUACUAUGACUAUCAGAAUAGAUACGACUACUGUGAAAAAUGCUUUAACGACAUUAAUGGUGACGUGAUUUCGUUAGCAGACGAUCCGAGCAAACCCCAGUCAUCCAUGACAACAAUACCAAAGAGUCAAUUCGAAAAGAAGAAAAAUGAUGUACUCGACUCGGAGCCGUUUGAAAUUUGUCAGGAAUGUGGAAGGAAAAUGCACAAGAUAUGUGUACUACACAUGUCUCCUAUAUGGCCUGAAGGGUUUACAUGUGACGAUUGUCUGUCAAAACGAGGAGCCCAACGUAAACCUAAUCGCUACGUCGGUGUGAAAUUGCCUCAAAACAAGCUAGGUGAACACAUUGAACGCAGAGUUAACAAUUACAUCAAGCGAAACGACUCUACCGGAGAAGCAGGACACGUUCAUAUACGAGUCGUCUAUAGCGGAGAUAAAACGGUUGAAGUUCGCUCAGGAAUGAAAACUAAAUUUGUUGAUACUAAAGAAAUGCCUGAAACGUUUCCUUAUCGAGCAAAAGCAUUUUUCGCAUUUGAAGAAAUUGACGGCGUCGACGUUUGUUUCUUUGGCGUACAUGUGCAGGAAUACGGCUCUGAUGCUCCAAAACCCAAUCAACGCCGAGUUUAUCUCUCUUACCUCGAUUCAGUUCAUUUCUUUCGACCGAGGCAUCUGCGUACUGCGGUAUAUCAUGAAAUUUUGAUUGGAUAUUUCGAAUACUGUAAAAACCUCGGGUACGAAUUUGCUCACAUAUGGGCCUGUCCUCCUUGUGAGGGAGAUGAUUAUAUCUUCCACUGCCAUCCACAGGAACAAAAAAUUCCCAAGCCAAAACGACUACAGGACUGGUACAAGAAAAUGCUUGAUAAAGCCAUAAGCGAACAAGUUAUCAUCGACUACAAAGACAUAUUUCAUCAAGCCAAGGAAGACAGGCUUCAGUCUGCAAGGGAACUACCGUACUUCGAGGGCGAUUUCUGGCCCAACGUCUUGGAAGAAAGCAUAAAGGAAAUUGAACAGGAAGAAGAGGACAGAAAACAAGCAGAAGCUAGUGAACAGGCAGCUGCGGAAGAGGCCCUCUUAUUCAAGUUUUCACCCCUCCAAUCCCAGUCUGACAGUGGUGGAAAUAAUAACUCGAAAAAUGGCAAAAACAAAAAAUCGAAGAAAGCCAACAUCAAGAAAACUUCACAAAGAACUACGAAGAAGAAAUUACCGCAAGUCAUGAAUGACCUGUCCGAUAAACUUUAUCAAAUUAUGGAAAAACACAAAGAGGUAUUUUUUGUUAUCCGCCUUCAAUCUGUCGAAAUGAUCAGCAAAAUGGGACCUACUGUUGACCCUGACCCAACCAUGCAGUGUGACCUGAUGGACGGAAGAGAUGCAUUCUUAACACUCGCUCGCGAAAAACAUUACGAAUUUUCAUCGCUGAGGAGAGCAAAGUGGUCUACAAUGGCGAUGCUGAUUGAACUUCACACGCAAGGUCAGGAUAAAUUCAGCUAUAUGUGCAACAGGUGUAGAAAUAACGUUGAAACAAGAUACCAAUGCAGAGUGUGUCAUGACUUUGAUUUGUGCGUCAAUUGCUACAACCAAAUCGGCCAUGAGCAUAAAAUGGACAAGAUGGGUUUCGGCUUGGACGAUGGUACUGGAUCUCCUGGGGCCGGAUCUGGCAAUACAAAAUCGAGCACGAUUCCAGUUGAAAGGUGCAUGCAGUCUCUCGUUCAUGCGUGUCAAUGCAAAAACGCGAACUGUAAUAUGCCAGCCUGCUAUAAGAUGAAAAAGGUUGUCCACCAUGCUAAAACUUGCAAGAAAAAGACCAAAGGUACAUGUCCCAUAUGCAAACAACUCAUUGCUCUCUGCUGCUAUCAUGCUAAACAUUGCAAGGAAAAGAAAUGUCCAGUUGCAUUUUGUCAUAAUAUCAAGAACAAAUUGAAACAGCAAGAAGUCCAACACAGAAUGCAACAAGCGUACUUAAUGAAACGACGAAUGGAAAUGAUGUCGAGGAGUUCGGCUCCUCAAAGUGGGCCUUCUACUCCCGCAGCAAACUCAAGCCUGCAACAGGCGAGUCCAAAAAUUCACAGCAUCUCAGAUUCACACAUGCGGAAACCGCAGCCAUCCCCAAUGAAGGGUGCGGCUAGUCACAAUCAACAAGACACAACACAACAGAUGCAAGCUGCGUCAAGGCCGCUCAGCGCACAUGGAAUGAUGCCGCAAACACCGGAGGGAGCUAUGAUCAGUGGUGGAAUGAAUCCGCAAGCUCGAUCUAUGACGUCUCCGCACAUGAAUGCGAACCCACAACAAUACAACAGUCCAGGAGUGGGAAUCAGUCAACAACAACAACAACCUGUGCCACAAGCGGGUAUACUAAGCCCCGGUCAAUCUCUACAACAGGUUAAUUUCGGACGAAAAUAUCCUUCACCCCCUCCUAUGGGAGCGGUUAGGGCCGCAAAACAAGCUCAGCAAGUCGCAGAUCAGCAAGCAAGAGAUAGAGAACGUUAUAGCCCCAUGGUAUAUACCUCUGUUUCGAAUCAAUCGCAGAUAGGUAACAGACCCCCGAAUCCUAUGAGCAUUAAUCGACCUGUAAUGGGCGGAAAUACUGGCCCCGGAGGCUGGCCAAAUCAAAUGCAAACUCGUCCACAGGUACGUCAGCAGAACAUGCCUGGCCAAUUACAAAUGAUAAUCGGCGACUCGCCACCAGUCAGCACAAUCAACCAGUCACUGAGACAAGUACUGCACAUACUUAAGAAUGACAAUAUGCCCGGUCCGAGUGGGGCUCGCGGUCCCAAGCCACGGAGUUCUGAGCAAUUGAAAGCACUACUGAAAACCAACCCACAACUCAUGUCAUCACUCAUCAGAGAGAGGAAGCAGCAGGCUCAAAACAAGCAACAACAAGCGACGCAACAACAAAAACAGUUCAUCACUCAAGUUCAGGGUAACAUGCCAACAUCUAUGGGUAAUGUUCAACAGCAAACAAUGCAGGGUGGGGUACAGCAAGUAACGUUACAAGCUGCCAUGAAUCAACCGGGCAUCAGUAUGCAACCUGUACAGGUUACAAAUAGCAACAUGCAACAUCAAAUUCAUUGGCAACAACAACGUAGAAUGCAAUUGCAACAACAACAACAACAAAAUCAGUUCCAAGCUCCUGCGCCACCAUACCAGCCAACAAGAAUGAUGAACAAUCCUAUAGUCAGAUUCCAACAACAUAGAAUACCGGGUCAAAUAAGACAUCAGAUGAAUCCAGGCAUGGUAAUGCAGCAGGGUAUGAACUCUUCUAUGCCCAACAUGCAGCAAGGACUUCAAUCUUCUUUACAACAUCAAAUGGGGAUGUCAGUUUCAAAUACCAUGCCUUCGUCGAGGCCGCCAUCGCAACCAAUGCCUACUGGCCGUGUCGGGCUUCCUCAAAUGUCGCCACAUCCCAUGGCUGGCAGAACAACCCCUUUGAACCAGAACGCGCAGGUUUCCGGACAACAACAUAUGGUUUCGACGAUGGAACAACAGUAUAACAAUACAAUCAACUCUCAACCGGGUAUGAUGGGAGGAGGGGGGUUUUCCCAUCAGGUUGUAAGUCAAAGUAUGAACUUUAACACUGGUGCUGGAAACCCGGGUACCGGUUUUACAACUAACGUUAACCCCGAUAUGGGCCACAUGCAAAACGCUGCUCCAGGUCAAGACAAUUUAGAACGUUUUGUUAAUAAAAUCGGAGAUAAAUGAUAAUAAAUCGCACUUUUAUGUGUAUUACGUUACUUUUAAAGAACUGAAAGGCACUUUCAAACCAAAUUAAUAUUAAUUUCAAUGUUCAGCUGCGAUUAAACUUAAAGAGAUCGUCAAGUAGCAGCCAGUUACAAUGAAUUUGGUAAAUAUCUGCUGGUACAUCUGUAAUCGAAUGCUAUCUCUAUUCAAUGCACUUGCUAGCGGAAUCCAUGUGUGUUUGUGCAUCUGUGAGCAGCUUAAGUGUGAUAUUUCACUUUUGCCCUGUUUUGUAAAGAACUAACUUAUUAUUUACGAUCAGCCAAGUUAAAUCUAAAGCUGUUUUCGUUUUAAUUUUUUUUACGAAAGAAGAUUUUUUUGAGUUGGGUACAACUGUUGUCCAUCAAUUUCUUUAUUGUAUUAUAAUAUCAUAUCAGUAAAAUUUAUCUAUUAUCUAUUUUGUCUCUCUUUUUGAUGUGCUUUUCAAUGCCGAUGCGUCCAGUGCUCUAACUUAUACACAGCGAGUACACCUUGGUCCACUUGGAGGCCUGCGUCGUCUAUAGUCUUAGAAUCUUCUAUUUUGUUAUGUAAGUCUGGGAGUCAUCUUUUGUGAAAAAAAAUUUUAAUUUGUAUUUACUACGUCGAUAUGAAUUUUUCUGUCAUUAUUUUUCGCUCUUUUAUUAUUACUGUUAUUAUUAUUAUUAUUAUAUUUUGCUAUUUUCAAUUCUCGAAGUACCGAUUUUUUGAUACAUAAAAUAAUAAUAAUAAAAAUUAAGAAAUUAGCGUCACACGUAGUAUCAACUGUCUUCUUUUUUCGCCAUUUUUAUUUCUCCACUAAUUAAAUUUUCUUUUACUAACAUUUUUGUGCUUGUAAUAUAGAAGACCUAUCACGAAAUCAGUCCCUAGGUCGUACUCGACGGAGAGUGAACACUCAUUUUAGUCGGGUGCAACCUGAUGAUCAAUUUCUGAUCGGUGCUGCACAACGAGUAAUUUAUUCUUAUGAUGAUGAUGUUUCUGAAGUGCAUUAGGGUUAGGCGAAAAAAUGUGAAUUUUUUGAUACCUGAAAAUUGUUGAUUUGUAUUUGAAUAAAAUUUGGAAAUCCUGUGUGAUUUUCACUUGCCUA